UCAAUCCGAUUUAUAUCGCCACUACGGUGGCUUUUCCGAGUGUUCACGCUUCACGCUACUGAAAAAAGCAGCGGAGGGCGAGAGAGUGAAGAGAAACAGAGCAAUGGCGAUUCAAGAGGGGGAGGUCAUCAACUGUUGGUCCGCUCCAAGAUCUCUCAGCACUAGUCUGAUGUACUCCUUCGCUCAGAGAGAUGACAUUGAAGUGCUUGAUGAACCCCUCUAUGCAAAUUUUUUGAGGAUUACUGGUAUUGAAAGACCAUAUCGCAACGAGCUUCUUUCCAAUAUGAGUUCUGAUGGCAAUAAAGUCAUCAAGGAGGUCAUCUUUGGUCCAAUGGAGAAAAAAUACCGUUACUGUAAGCAUAUGGCAAAACAGCGGCUCCCAAACCUAUCAGAUGAUCUGAUGAAGAGAGGGAAGCACUUUAUCUUGAUAAGGAACCCCCUUAAUAUCUUGCCAUCAUUUGAUAAAGUUUCUCCCCCAUCAUUCCUUGAACUGGGAUUGGGUGAUCUCGUCUCUAUAUAUAGUGAACUAUGUAAAGUUGGAAAACCUCCACCUGUUAUAGAUGCAGAAGAUUUAAAAAAUGAUCCUGAGGAAACUCUCCGUCAUCUAUGCCAUGACUUGGGUAUUCCUUUCCAAUCUUCGAUGUUGAAGUGGGAAGCUGGUCCAAAACCAUUCGAUGGAAUUUGGGCCCCAUGGUGGUACAGUAGCGUACACAAAUCAAUGGGCUUCCAAGCAUCACGAGCAUAUCCAGUGCCAUUUCCUCUAGCUCUAUAUGACUUGUUGGAACAAAGUUUGCCAUUCUACAAACUGCUUAGACGCCAUGUGAGGCUAACUUCUUCUCUGCAACCUCCUUCACCUGCUCCAACUCUUCCAGUCCCUGCCAAUGAGAAAAUACUUGUCUGGGUAGGUGAUGAGCUUGUUCCUCGAGAAGAUGCAAAGGUUUCAGUAUUUGAUUCAGUUGUACAAGGAGGUGAUGCAGUUUGGGAGGGACUACGCAUUUAUGACGGGAAGAUCUUUAAGUUAAAUGAGCAUUUAGACAGAUUGUUUGACUCAGCCAAAGCUUUAGCUUUCCUCAAUUUUCCAAGCCAUGAAGCGAUUAAGGAAGCUAUCUUCACAACUCUCAACUCGAAUGGCAUGCUUGACAAUGCUCACAUCAGGCUCACUUUAACUCGUGGUAAAAAGGUUACUUCUGGAAUGAGUCCAGCAUUCAAUCUCUAUGGAUGCACUUUAAUAGUGCUUGCUGAAUGGAAACCGCCUGUUUAUGAUAAUUCCAGAGGCAUAAAUCUGGUGACUGCCACCACACGUCGCAACUCACCAAAUAAUGUAGAUUCAAAAAUACACCAUAACAAUCUCAUCAACAAUAUUCUAGCGAAGGUGGAAGGUAACCUUGCUAAUGCCGGUGAUGCAAUCAUGCUUGAUAAAGACGGCUUUGUGUCUGAAACUAAUGCCACAAACCUUUUCAUGGUCAAGAAAGGAAUUGUAUAUACACCGCAUGCUGAUUAUUGCCUUCCAGGAAUAACUCGGGCAACUGUUAUUGAUCUUUUGUUAAAAAAGAAAAUUGUUUUGCGAGAACGAAGGGUCAGCUUAUCAGAGUUUCAUAGUGCAGAUGAGGUUUGGACUACUGGAACGAUGGGAGAACUUACACCAGUGGUCAUGAUUGACGGCCGUGUUAUUGGAAAUGGACAAGUAGGGCCUGUAACAAGAAGAAUUCAGAAAGCUUACAGAGCCCUGACUGCAGAAUCAGGAGAGCCGAUUCCUCUUAAUGCGGGUUUAUAAAAUUCAGAUAUUUCUGCAUAAAUUUACAUGAGAACAUUGCUCGAAUUUUCCAUUAGACAUAGAAUCUUGCAAUAAUGCAAUUGAUUUUCUAAAAUUGCUUGUUUUUGAAUCUUUCCAUAAAGUUGAUAAAUAUGUCUUUUACACGGAAAAUAUUUGCGUACGUCGGGAGGUUAUUCAGAGGGUAUAGGGGAGUUAUAUCUGUAUUAUACCUUCUAUAACCUCCUUGUAGCCAACCUGUAAACCUACAGAGAAGUUUCGUGUUUCUGUAGUUCCGAUAGGUACAGGUAAGUUAGAGGGAGAUUACAAGGUGAUAUAAUGCGAAUAUAAUCCCCCUCUACCCUCUGAAUAAUCUCUGACGUACACAACGCUCCGUUUUACACGAGUACUGUACUGCAAUAUUACUUUUACCACUUUUUCUGUAGUGAUGAAAAUAUUGCAUGAA